AUGGCUUCUAAAAGCUGGUCUAUGCCUUGGGCGGAGAAGGGAAAGACAGAUUCUGAUCCUGUCACUGAAGUGCCGCAGGAGUCCAAUUACAAUGUCGACUAUGAGAAGUAUGGUGCCAGUCGCGAGUCCAAUCCUCUGCCGGAGCUUCAGCGCAAGUUGAAGAGCAGACACUUGCAGAUGAUUGCAAUUGGUGGUACCAUAGGAACUGGUCUUUUUAUCGGUAGCGGUACAGCUAUCGCACACGCUGGUCCUGUUGGAGCCCUCAUCGCCUAUAUCUUUGUCGGAACCAUUGUCUACUCCGUCAUGACUGCUCUCGGAGAGAUUGCGACCUAUAUCCCCGUCCCCGGAUCCUUUACCACAUAUGCGACUCGUUUGAUUGAUCCUAGUCUGGGAUUUUCCAUGGGCUGGAUCUAUUGGUUUUCCUGGGCAUCAACAUUCGCAUUGGAGCUGACUGCCACUGGUCUAAUAAUUCAGUUCUGGGAUAGCUCGAUUAACAUUGCUAUCUUCAUUGGUGUCUUUUGGAUCGUAAUAAUCGCGUUUAAUAUGUUGCCUGUCAGCUUCUAUGGUGAAAUGGAGUUCUGGCUCGCCAGUAUCAAGGUUAUUACCGUGGUUGGCUUUAUGAUCUUUGCCAUCUGCAUGGACGCUGGCGUUGGCGUUGAAGGAUACUUGGGCUUCCGGUACUGGGUUCACCCUGGUCCUUUUGUCCCCUAUCUGAUUGAGGGUGAUGACUCUUUGGCCAAAUUUGUUGGCUUCUGGUCUGUCCUCAUCCAGGCUGGAUUCUCCUACCAGGGUACUGAGCUGGUCGGUAUUGCGGCCGGUGAGACUGAGAACCCCCGAAAGACCGUUCCCGCCGCCAUUCGCAAGACCUUCUUCCGUAUCGUCUUCUUCUUCAUCCUGACGAUCUUUUUUAUCGGUAUCUUGGUUCCUUCCUCCGACGCACAGCUCCUGACUAGUCAGAACGGUGGUGCUGCUGCCAGCAACGGCAAUGCGUCUCCGUUUGUGAUCGCAGCUCGACGUGCAGGUGUCAAGGCUCUUCCCAGCAUCAUAAACGCGGUUCUACUCACGGUGGUACUCUCGGCAGCUAAUUCAAACGUGUACAGUGGCAGCCGUAUCAUGGUCGGCUUGGCUCAGGAGGGCUUUGCACCCCAUUUCUUCAAGAAGACUACCAGUGGCGGUGUCCCAUACUUUGCCGUCAUCUUCACAGCUCUGUUUGGACUUCUUGGUUUCUUGAAUGUGUCUGACUCUGGAGCCACCGUGUUCACCUGGCUCCUUCAGAUCUCUGGUGUGGCUGGUUUCAUUACCUGGUGCUCUCUGAAUGCCUGCCACCUCGCAUUCCAACGCGCGCUCAAGGCUCGUAACAUCUCGCGAGAUGUUUUGCCUUACAAGGCCAUGUGGCAGCCAUGGUUUAGCUGGUAUGGACUGUUCUUUAACGUCUUGAUCAUUAUCACCCAGGGAUUCACGUCCUUCAUCCCCAGUUUCGAUGUGCAGAGCUUCUUCAUCAACUACCUCAGCUUAAUCCUGUUUGUAGUGCUGUAUCUGGGUCAUAAGCUGAUUUAUCGUGAUCCAUUUGUCAAACCCAUUGAGGCUGACUUGGACACUGGACGUACCACGGCUGACGAAGAGACGUGGGAAACGAGUCCUGAGCCGACCACUUGGUAUGGAAUGGUCUGGCGGGAAAUUGCAGGAUAA